UAUAUUCUUUCGUAACACGCAAUUCAUCUAUCCCAACAAGGUACAAUUUGAAUAUUUGAUACCUUCAGGUGCAUAUUACUAA